UUUUAGUAUUUGAAAAUAGACAGGUUGGUCUAUUUACCGGCGACUCGUGUUGAGUAACACGUAGUCGGUUGAGUGUGCGUGUGUCGCACAGCGUAUUCAGUCGGGUCAAAGGGUAGCUUACACACUGGUACCAAGGAUACUAAGUGUAUCUUGGAAAGUACAGAAGUUAGUAUAAGUCGGAGUUGGUAGUCUAGACGCCGAGGGUAGAGUGACAAAUUUAAUUUAUUUGAAUAAAGAGGUAUUAGGAAGGCGAGGAGCGAGGUUACGCUCAAAAGGUCAUUUGAUUUAUAGAACAUAGGUAAUAGAAGCUAUUAGGCCUAUGUGUAAGAUAAUUUAAAUAAAAAGCGAGGUAAAGUAACAUAAAGGUAAUAUGGCAGCUACUUCAGGUUACGACCUGGAAGAAUUUAGAAAAAAGCUAAUUCAUGAAGCCAAGACAGAACUAGAACUGCGCGGCAAAGAACUAACUGCGUAUGUACAGCAGAUGGUGGCGGCAGAAGCAGAACGCUUGGAGAGAGAGAAAGCUAGAGGCAGAGAAAAGGAAAAAGAAGAAGCAGAUCGCAUAGAGCGGGAAAAGGUUAGAGAGGCGGAACGUGUAGAGAGGGAGAAGAAAGAAGAGGCGGACAGAAAAGUGAGGAUUCAAGUAGAACAGAUGAGGAUAGAGGCUGGUGUAAGUGUGCCCACCGAAGGGAACAGCAACAAUAGUGCCAACAUAGAAAGCCAUAGUAGCGCCGCAUGGAUGAAAAAGAAAAUCCAACCUUUUGCAGAAGACAAGGACGACAUCGGCGACUAUCUGAAACGCUUUGAAAUUAAACUUGCAAAGUUUAAUGUCCAGGAGAAGGAGUGGUCCGAAAUCUUGUUGGACUUCGUACAUGGGAAAGCCCUCACGAUUUGCCAAAACCACGACCACUCUAUGCAAAACAGCUAUCAGGUGCUAAAGAAGGAACUGCUAAACGCAUACGGACACAACGCGGAAACAUUCCGAAAGAAGUAUUACGAAAACACUCCAUCCAGCCAAGUUGAUCCGCAAACAACCAUCAACUCAGAGAAGGACUUCUUCACUAAAUGGCUCGCAUUCGAGAAUGUAGAGAACACCUACGAGGGGUUGAAGAACUUCAUUCUGAUUGAUAACUUUAUCAAUAAGUGCGACCCUCAGCUACAGUCCUUUGUAAAAGAAAGAAACCCUAAGGUAAUUGAAGACUUGGUAGAAAUUAUUAGGAUCUUUAAGAAUGCUUACCCAAACAAUCCACUUUCAGUUAGCGACCACAAAAAAGUCAUUGACCUGGUAAAUUAUGUAAAGAGAAAUGAUGGUAAUGAUAGGGAUUAUGGUAGGAGAAAUGAUAGGUCCAGGGAACGUGGGAACAAUGGUCGGGAUAGUUAUGAGGGCAUAAAGGAUAGAUCCUGGGAAAAUGAAAACAAUGGCAGGGAAAGUUAUGAUAGGAGAAUAGAUAGACCUAAAGCGGGUGAUAGAAACCUUAGGGAUGUUACAUGUUUUAACUGUCAGGAAAAGGGACACAUGGCAUACCAAUGUAGGAAACAUAGAGGGAAUGGAGCUGGCAAUGGGAAUACACAGGGUAAUAGUGGCACUAGUGAUAGGAGAGGUAAUCAAGGAAACCGUAGACAAGAGAGGGAUAAUCGGCCACCGGAUAGGGUUAAUUUUGUAAGGAGCAUCCAAGACAGGGAUCGUGAUAGUGGACAUAGUGAACCAGAUGAAGAAAUUAAUUACGUUGAUUGUGGGGAAGAUAGAUUUAAAUUAUAUCCAGGCAUGAUAAAUAAUAAACAGGUAAAUGUGAUCCGGGACACAGCUAGCAGUACACUCGCAGUUCGAGGGGGAUUAGUGAAAUCUGAGGAUUAUUUAGGCUAUACCAAAUCAGUCAGAUUGGCAGACGGCGCAGUCAAGAGAUUCGAAGCAUGCAAAGUGUUCCUUCGAUCUCCAUUGUACACAGGGUAUUGCGAAGGGGUAGCCAUGCCGAGGUUAUCUAGAGAUGUUUUACUUGGAAAUGUAGCAGGUGUCAGAGCCGCUUCUGACAAACAGGUUAGAAGUUGGAAAAGCAGGUAUGGCAACAAGAAGCGAAACAAACCUAGAAAGGACAUAAUUUGUUUUAACUGCCAUAAACAUGGGCACAUCGCUAAAGACUGUUGGAGUAGGGCAGAACAGUCUGAACAGAAGGUUGCGAGUUCGGAUAGGAGGCACAGGUCUGUGUCCGACAGUAAUGGUAGAAGAGAUGACUGUGGUAGCGGUAAUCGCAAGUCAUACCGAGGUAGAAGGCCACACGCGGGCUUUAGUGGAGUAAGAAGAGAUGUAAACUCCAGUUGGAGAGAACAAAUGUAUGAGUCGUGUAGAUAGCCUGUGAAACAUAGCACUAUGAGACCGUAGUGUGUAAAUAAGUUGGAUUUUAUUUAAAUUGUUUAUUCUUAAUUAAUUGACCUAACUAGUAGUCAUAACUAGACGGGUAGUAGGUUGUGUUAAGGUAUCUUUGAAUAGGAUAUUUAUGUUAUAAUGUAUAUGCGAUUGCGUUAUUAUUAGAUUAGCUCAUGUUGGUUAUUGAUUUCGGGUAGUAUGUAUGAAUUGUAUGUAUGUUUGUAUGAAUAGAAAGGGCAUUUAUAAGGCGAGGAUGUAGUUACAUCACGAAAAAGUAAGUUUUAUAAUUUAUUCUUUGUAUUUGAUCAUGAUCAUACAUCAGUAAAGAAUUAGGUCGUGUGGGGACAAGUAAGUGGAGAGAGGAAAUAAAAUACACUUGUAAAUGCCCGAAAGAACGUUACGUGUAUAGUGGGAGGAUGAGUAUUGAUAACUGUCAAUUUGUCAUAUUAGGU